CCCGGAUCUUGGUCCUCACGACAGGAGUAGCCAUACUACCACAACAACCCAGCUACUCAACUAACCGCCACCAUGCCUACCAGGUUCUCCAAGACGAGAAAGCACCGUGGCCACGUCUCGGCCGGUCACGGUCGUGUCGGUAAGCACCGCAAGCAUCCCGGUGGUCGUGGUAUGGCCGGUGGUCAGCACCACCACCGCACCAACUUGGACAAGUACCACCCUGGUUACUUCGGUAAGGUUGGUAUGCGGUACUUCCACAAGCAGCAAGCCCACUUCUGGAAGCCCGUCCUCAACCUCGACAAGCUCUGGUCUCUCGUUCCCGCCGAGACCCGUGAGGCCCACCUCAACGGCUCCAAGUCCGACACCGUCCCCGUCAUCGACCUCCUCCCCCUCGGCUACUCCAAGCUGCUCGGCAAGGGCAAGCUCCCCGAGGUCCCCAUUGUCGUCAAGGCGAGAUGGGUCAGCAAGCUGGCUGAGAAGAAGAUCACCGAGGCUGGCGGCGUCAUCCAGUUGGUUGCGUAAAUGUUGAAAAAAGGAAAUCACGGUUGGAAUUUUCAUCACACUUGGGGCUUUAUGGGAACGGAAAUACCUGACGAGACCGGAGGGCCGGCUCUCGUCACAAAGCAUCGACCCCCCACUACACGCGGAGUUACAAUGAAGGAAAACCCGCAGGGUCGGCUCCGGCCUCUUGAGCAUCGCAUGGCAUGAUCGGCUUUACGAAAUGGGAGUUCUGCUGAAUACAAAAAAAUCAUUUGAACAAA